AUGGUGAAGCAGACGAUCCAGAUUUUCGCGAGGGUAAAGCCCCCUGCUCGGAAGCAGCAAUCAGGGAUUUAUUCCAUAGAUGAUGAUGAAAAUUUAACACCUAGCUUGGAAAUUAUCAUACCUCGUGAUUUGGCAGAUGGAUUUGUGAAUAAUAAGCGAGAAAGCUACAAAUUUAUAUUUCAGAGGAUUUUUGAUCAAGAUGCAAAGCAAGAGAUCAUUUUUGAAAACAUUGCCAAACCAGUUGCUGAGAGUGUGCUGGCAGGUUACAACGGUACCAUCUUUGCAUAUGGACAAACGGGCAGUGGCAAGACAUUCACUAUCACAGGUGGGGCUGAGCGUUACAGUGACAGAGGCAUUAUCCCAAGGACGCUGUCAUACAUUUUUGAGCAGUUACAAAAGGACAGCAGCAAAAUAUAUACAACACACAUUUCCUACUUGGAAAUCUACAAUGAAUGUGGUUAUGAUCUAUUGGAUCCAAGACAUGAAGCCUCCAGAUUGGAAGAUUUGCCGAAAGUGACACUAUUGGAGGACACUGAUCAGAACAUUCAUCUGAAAAACCUGUCUCUGCAUCAAGCAACAAACGAGGAAGAAGCUCUGAAUUUGCUCUUCUUAGGAGACACCAACAGAAUGAUUGCAGAGACUCCCAUGAACCAAGCCUCGACCCGUUCCCACUGCAUCUUCACCAUUCACUUGUCAAGCAAGGAGCCAGGCUCUGCAACUGUCCGGCACGCCAAGCUCCACCUGGUUGACCUGGCUGGCUCUGAACGAGUUGCCAAGAGUGGCGUAGGGGGCCAGCUUCUGACCGAGGCCAAGUAUAUCAACUUGUCACUGCACUACUUGGAGCAGGUCAUCAUUGCCCUUUCAGAAAAAAACCGUUCGCACAUUCCUUACAGGAAUUCCAUGAUGACCAGUGUCCUGAGAGACAGUUUGGGAGGGAACUGCAUGACCACUAUGAUUGCGACGCUCUCUUUAGAGAAAAGGAAUAUCGACGAAUCUAUAUCUACCUGCAGAUUUGCACAACGAGUGGCACUCAUAAAGAAUGAAGCUGUUCUUAAUGAAGAAAUCGAUCCCAGAUCGAUGAUUAUAUGCCUUCAAAAGGAAAUCCAGGAACUGAGGGAUGAACUGGCCCUUGUCACUGGGGAGCAGAGGACAGAGGCACUCACAGAAGCAGAGCUCCUUCAGCUGGAAAAACUAAUAACAUCCUUUUUGGAAGACCAGGAUCCACAGAGUAGACUAGAGGUUGGCGCUGAUAUGCGUAAAAUUCAUCACUGUUUUCAUCAUUUAAAGAAACUAUUGAAUGACAAGAAGAUCCUCAGGAACAGUACAGUCUCCUCUGAAAUCAAAGAGCCAGACUGCCAAGAACCAGUGAAAGAGGAAGAAUAUAAAAAGCUACGAGACCUUCUAAAGCAGAGGGAUAAUGAAAUCAAUAUUUUAGUCAACAUGUUAAAAAAGGAAAAGAAGAAAACUCAGGAUGCUCUCCACUUCUCUAGUGUGGAUAGAGGUGAAAUCAGACUCAUCCAGAGCUCACCCUUCCCACCUGGAAACCCAGAAGGUCAGAGGACAUCACUAUUCUCAGCCUCGACACAGUCCCAGGAUUGCAGCAUGCUCGGGAACAGAUCCAGUUUGCUCCACAAAAAAUCAGGGAUGAGAGAGGAAAUGUCAUUAGGACGCCAGGAGGCUUUUGAAAUCUUCAAGAGGGACCAUGCUGACAGUGUUACCAUCGAUGACAACAAACAGAUUCUGAAACAAAGGUUUUCUGAAGCAAAGGCCUUGGGAGAAAGUAUAAAUGAAGCAAGAAGUAAAAUUGGUCACCUGAAGGAGGAGAUCACCCGGCGGCACAUACAGCAGGUGGCUCUAGGAGUCUCAGAAAACGUGGCCUUUCCCUCGACACCAGACCAGGAAGACAGACUGCGAUCACAACUGGAGGAAGAGAAGAGAAGGUACAAAAUUAUGUUCACCCGCCUGAAGGCCCUGAAGGUAGAGAUCGAGCACUUGCAGCUGCUCAUGGACAAAGCCAAGGUGAAGCUGCAGAAAGAGUUUGAAGCCUGGUGGGCAGAAGAGGCCACUCACCUGCAGGUAGAUUCUCCAGCAGCGAAUUCCCUGGAUCACGCGAAGCCCUCUCCCCAGAGCUCUGAAUCCCAGCAGGACCAGUCCCAGCUUCUCUCCAACCAGAGUUCUUGAGGCAGGGAAGCCCAAGACCAUGGCAUUGGCAAUUUUGGUGUCUGUGUCGUGAGUGCCAGAAAGGUCUCGCCCUCGCCCUGCCCCAGCCCGCGCAGCCCGGAGCAGAGCAGCACUGGCACCUGGCUGGAAGGCAGCAUCCCUGAGAAGACAACUUCGUCCGUCCCUCUCACCGGAGACAGCCAGACGGACUCUGACAUCCUGGCAUUCCUCAAGGCCAGGCAGAACAUUUUGCAGAAGAAAUGUAAGUGCUCCCCAGGGCCCAGGGCCCACUCUGCUCACCAGCAUGGGGGCGGCAUGGGGAGGCUGGAGUGGACAGCCCAGUGGGAAGGCAGCAGGAAGCGUCCUGGGCUGGGCCCUUCCCACGUGCUGGCCUCUGCUUCCCCCUGGAGAAGGGACGAGAAUGGCCCAAACAGGCCCGAGUGCAGCAGAGCCCACUUGGCAGAGCCUCUCCCUCUCCAGGCCUUCCGCUCCGUUUGUUCCUUGUCCCUGAAGGCGGCUCUCUCUCCUGCCCAGCCUUCUCCAAACAGGAAGGGCCUGAGCGAUGCGUGGUGGUUUGUGGAAUCCCCGGCUGGAACUCUCGCUCUCCUCCUGGAGCGUGGUUCUUGCCAACAAGUGUGGAUGUAA